AGCAAUUCUACAAUUCCAGUCAAAGCAUCUAGUGAGGGGAAGUCAUGUGAGCCCUACCAUAAACAGCCACUGGAGUUUGCAGUCAGAGCAGAAGUGCUGUGAACUGCCCCAAGCAUUCAUCCUUUCCUCGACUGCUGCCAAGCCAGACCAGCCAGAAAAUUCACUAUAUUCCUCAGCUUCUUUCCUGGGCUGCCUUCUGAACUGCUCAGCCAAGCAUCAUGGAAGAGCCAAUGUGCCUGAUCGAGAACAACCCCAAUGAAGAGCUGCGGGUCAACCAGGAAGCCCUGAAGAUCUUGCAGAGCAUCCAGCAGCCCGUGGUGGUGGUGGCCAUUGUGGGACUGUACCGCACUGGCAAGUCCUACCUCAUGAACAAGCUGGCAGAAAAGAAGAAAGGCUUCUCUCUGGGGGCCACGAUACAAGCACAAACCAUGGGCAUCUGGAUGUGGUGUCUUCCUCACCCCAAAAAGCCUGACCACACCUUGGUGCUUUUGGACACAGAGGGGCUAGGCGAUGUGGAGAAGAGCAAUACUGCGAAUGACUCCUGGAUUUUUGCUUUGUCCAUUCUGUUAAGCAGCACCUUUGUAUACAACAGCAUGGGCACCAUUGACCAAUAUGCUCUGGAGAAACUGCAGUAUGUGACAGAGCUGACUAAGCGCAUUAAGGUGAAGAGCACACCUGCAAAGGAGGGUGAAGAGGAAGAUUCAGGUGACUUUCUCAGGUUCUUCCCAGCUUUCAUCUGGGCUGUGCGUGACUUUUCGUUACUGCUGAAGCUGAAUGGGAAACCUAUCACCGAAGACGAAUAUCUGGAGAAUGCCCUGAAGAGGAAGAAAGACAACCCAGAGAAGUUGGACCUUGCCAAGAAAUGCAUACGCCAGUAUUUCCCCAGCCGCAAGUGCUUUGUCUUUGACCGCCCGGCUUCAAGGCGAGAUUUAGAGGAAUUGGAGGACCUACCUGAAUCUAAACUGAAUCCUGACUUUCUGGUGCAGGUUCAGCAUUUCUGCCGCUAUAUUCAUGAGCAAGCUCAGGCAAAAGUCAUCCAGGGAGGGCACACAGUGACAGGGACAUCAUUGGGGCACCUGGUGGUGACCUAUGUGGACGCCAUCUGCAGUGGGUCCAUACCCUGCAUAGAGAACGCGGUGGUAGCCUUGGCGCAGAUUGAGAACACAGCUGCUGUGCACGAAGCCAUUACAUACUAUGAAGCUGAGAUGGAGAAACAGUUGAAGCUGCCCACUGAGACUAUUGAGGAGCUGCUGGAAGUGCAUGCCCAAUAUGAGAAGGAGGCUAUUAAAGUGUUCUUGGCACGAGCCUUCAAGGAUGUCAAUCAUGAGUACCAGAAAGAACUUGGGACCCAGCUGCAUGCCAAGCUUCUAGAGUUCUGUUCUCACAAUGAGCAGGCCUCAUCAGAUCGCUGCCAGGCUGUGCUUACACAGCUGUUCGAGGACCUGGAAGAGGAGAUUUGCAAGGGGAGCUAUUCUGUGGCUGGGGGCUACCAGCACUUUCUGGAUGACCAGAAGGAAAAGGUGGAUCAGUAUUACCUGGUGCCUGGGAAAGGACUCAUGGCUUCCCAGGCCCUGCAAGACUUCCUGAAAUCCAAGGAGGCAGCAGCCCAAUCCAUUUUGCAGGCUGACCGGACCCUCACAGACAAACAGAAGGAGGUUGAAGUGGAGCGAGUCAAGGCUGAAGCCUCUGCCCGGGAAGCAGAGUUGCACGAGAAGAUGAAAGAUGAGGCUGUCCGGAGGGCCCAGCAGCAGGAAAAGAGUUUCGAGGAGCACAAAAGGCAGCUAGAAACAAAAAUGGUGGAGGACAGGAGGAAGCUACUGGCAGAGCAUGAGACGGUGAUGAAUGCAAAGCUCCAGGAGCAGAGGCGGCUUCAGGAAGAAGGGUUCCAGCGAGAAGUCAACAGGCUUCAGGGCGAGAUCCAGCGCUUGAACUCUGUGAUGAGACAACAGUCGAGUGGGGGCUCUGGAUGUGUGAUCCUUUGAAGCUGCUGGGAUUUCCAAAAGGCCCUAAAUGGAUGAGGGAUGGGAUGGAGAGGAGAGAUCUACUUUGUAUCUGGGCUCACUGAGUACGUAGGUGUUUUUGGUGUGACUUUUUUGUGUGCAAAUGAGAAAAAUGAUGGCAUUUAAAGACAAAAUGGGUGAAAUUUAACAAGAAGGAAAAUCUGAUAGUUGAUUGUAUUUCAUUGGUAUAAUAGGGUUCAUGCCUGGUAACCUUGUCUUAACUGUUAUGUUUAUGUUACAAAUGGUUCUAGCUGCUGCCUUCCAAGCAUUUGCAUACCUGUGGAUUAUUUAUUUUGAUUUUAUUUUACGUCUGUAUUUCUUCGACAGUGAUUUAUGAUUGUAUAUGGACCAUGUAUAUUGCCACUAGAUCCUGUUUAAUAACAGUGCAUUUUGCAGCACCUUAUAUAGCACUUUUUGGAAAAUUAAUAAAAAAUAUGAAAAAUAAAUCAGAAUCGGCCUUGGGUGGAGGCUUCUCUGUAAAGGUAAAGUGUCUCAGCUUGAAACAAUCUAAAGACAAGACAGUGUGUGGAAAUUUUAUUGGGCUUGGAUGUGGGGAAAUCGUGUUCAGGCUAUGAAGCUCCCAUGGAUGGGUUUUAGGAAGUGUGGAGGGAAUCGCCCCCAUAUACAUUUCAGAUGACAUUAUUCACUAGAAGCACCUU